CGGUAUAUGCGAAUCACAGAUCAACCCAUGGUGUCCUCCUUGUGACGAACAUGUCAUAUCACAAGGUUGUGUUCAUCGUCGCCCGCCCGCACCGUGAUGGCUCCCAUGAGUCUGCAAUGCACGUUGACUUCAAGGUCAGCACAGGGAAAGAUACGAAAUUCAGCAGUCAAGAACAGGGUUCUGUGAAGGCCGGGCGGACAGUCAUCUUCGCAGGAGGCUGGAUGAAAUCUUGACUCUGCUCGUAGGAAGGUGUCAAGUCAAUCCAUCGCGCUGACAUCCUCUUUUCGUAUCCGGUGAUAUCGGUUGUUCGAGCCCGAGAUAUCCAUGGCAGUCGACCUGCGGAGUGGCGAUCGUGGCGUGCACACUCAGGUCAUUUCAGCUCUCCAAAUCCAUAACUAUGUUCAUUCGAUAGUGAUUGUUAUGGUGCCUUCCUUGCUCCCGAGUAUCUCUAAGCUGCGGGUGCGAAAUGUCUCAGAAUUUCGUCGAUAGCAAUUCCGACGGUGAAUGCUCCUAAAUUAUCGCCGAAGCCCUUGACCCUCGUCCGGUCAAACAACGGCCGUGACAUGGGUACUUCGCCCCCUUCAGUCGUAGGCGGCCAUCAGUCCCG